ACAAGAUGCUGCUGAGUUCUUCUGUGUUCCUUUCGGUGCUAUUAUCCACGUUAGUGGGACACGUUUCCAGCGCAGAAGCCAAUGGCACUUCAGCCGGGUUUGGAUACGAGCUAACGAUAACCGGAUUAGACGCGAUCAGUUUUAAUAUGCAAAAAGAUCAGCUCAACUCGCAGGAACACUUUCAAACACUCCGCUCGGAUAUUGAACUACUUCGGCGAACUAUGGAAAGUGUUGAAGCCAUGGUUAUCCGACAGGCGAAUCUUGCUAGCAGUCUCGACAUGCAGUUAAAAAUUUUGGCCAACCUGAUAAAAAAUGUUGAAGUGAUCCCAACCAUUCAGAAUGACUUACAAAUGCAGUCUAUUAAUAUCUCGCGGCUACUCAGUGAUUCGAGCAAAAUCUAUCGAGUUCAGCAAAACUUACCGACCACGAAGAUGUUAAACGAUGUUAUCCUACAGCUGGCCGCUAAUCAAUUCCGAAUCCCGUCGAACACUGUGCGUCCUCUACAUCUGGAAUCAUUAGAUUUACCCCAGACUUGCAGCGAUAUUGGAAAUCGUCGGUCGGGCAUCGCCCGACUUUAUCCCCAGGCAGGUUUCAGUGAUUCCUUCGAGGCAUAUUGCGAUCAGGACCAUGCCGGUGGCGGAUGGACGGUCAUUCAGAACCGGUUCAAUGGAUCGGUGGAUUUUUAUCGUGGUUGGAGUGAGUACGAGAAUGGUUUCGGAGAUCUGCGUGGGGAGUAUUGGUUGGGACUGAAGAAGAUUCAUGAAUUGACUGGCGCGAGACCCCAUGAGUUGCACGUAUUGAUGGAGGACGCCGAUGGUAUGUCUGUGGUGGCGAAGUACAGCCACAUUUUGGUGGGAGGAGCUGGGGGAAAAUAUGCGCUGAACAGUUUGGGAAACUAUAGUGGCGAUGCUGGCGAUUCGCUUAGCUGGGCGGUAAAGAAUAAGUUCUCCACACUGGAUUCCGAUAACGACAGCUACGGCCCCGAUAACUGUGCGGCGGUUUAUCGAGGAGGUUGGUGGUAUGGUGCUUGCCAUGAGAGCAAUUUAAACGGAUUAUAUCUGCCAGGUCCUCAGGAAGCUUAUGCCACGAUGAUGUGCUGGAAUGCUCUUCGAGGACUUAAUUACGGUAUGAAACUUUCGCGCAUGAUGAUCAGGGCUACGAAAUAAGACUGUGAAUUUGAAGAUCCCUAGUUAUCUUCAGGAGAUAUUAAUACGCAAACAUUGUUUUUUUGUUGCGGAAUCGCUCUGUUAGUAGUUCAAUAGAGCAGUUAAACUAGUUAAGGCAUUAAUUAGACAUAACAAUAGUUUAAAUAUAUUGUCUUCAAAUAAAUAAUUUUCG